CGUCUAGCCGUACGAAAGAGAAGGCUAGCAGCGCACCCUUCGAUCAAAAUAAAUUUGCUAGACCCCGAAAUUGAUAUCUACGUCGCUGACGGCUCAAAAGAAAUUGACCUCCUGUUACCGCCAAUAUGGCUGAAGGAGAGCCAGACUACAGCUCUCUACCACUAACAGAGAGAUGGGUGCAUAAAGCUUGGAAAGCUCGCAAGCAAGCAUACGAAGAAGCAGCGAAACUAUUUGAACUCACUCCAGACGAAUACGAUCCCGCAUUUCGGCCGUUCAACCAAGAUCCUAGUCUAUGGAAGGGUGCCGUGGCGGAUUCAAACGUUGCCGCACAAUCAGACGGCAUCGCUGCAUUCUGCGCAUUCCUUAAAUUUGGUGGGAAGGAAAAUUGCGUACGUUCGCGCGGCCAAGUCGUCACCCCUAUCGUCGAAAAAGGCCUUGUGUCUACAAGACCCGCUACCAAAGCAUCCUCGGUUGAGGCGCUAUUGCUGCUUAUCGAGCUCGAUGUCGCCGGCCCUGUAGUCGAGGAUAUCCUCCCUGCCAUAUCCGCGAAGCAGCCUAAAGUUAUUGCAGCCGCCCUAGCAGCUCUCACCACCAUCUUCCACAAUUAUGGUUGCAAAGUCGCCGACCCGAAGCCUGUCCUCAAGAUCCUCCCCAAGGCAUUCGGGCAUGCGGACAAGAAUGUACGAGCCGAGGCUACCAACUUGGCAGUCGAGUUCUACAGAUGGCUAAGAGACGCGAUGAAACCUAUGUUCUGGAGCGAUCUAAAGCCAACCCAGCAGUCCGAUCUGGAAGCACAAUUCGAAAAGAUCAAGGCAGAACCGUCGCCGAAACAGGAGCGGCUCUUGCGAUCUCAGAAGGCGGCGAUGGCCCGCGCGCCGCCGCCAGGUGCCGAAGGGGAGGAUUUCGACGAGGACGAUGGUCCCGAGGAACCGGCCGAAGUUGACGCCUUUGAUCUCGCGGAGCCCCAAGACGUUUUGUCAAAAGUGCCUGCCAAUUUCCACGACAAUCUCGCUUCUUCGAAAUGGAAAGACCGCAAGGAGGCUCUCGAGGCGCUUUACGCCGUUCUUAACGUACCAAGGAUCAAAGACGGCGAUUUUGGCGAGAUCAAUCGUGGCUUUGCCAAGUGUAUGAAAGACGCCAACAUUGCCGUCGUAACCCAAGCAGCCCAGUGUAUCGAGGUACUCGCGAAGGGCCUCCGGAAAAGCUAUAGCAAAUACCGGUCCGUCGUCAUGGCGCCGAUCAUGGAGCGGCUGAAGGAGAAGAAGCAGUCCGUUGCAGACGCGCUAGGCGUCGCCUUAGAUUCGGUAUUCCUUUCCACGGGCCUUACCGAUUGUCUAGAGGAUAUCUUCUCGUUUCUUGGCCACAAAAACCCGCAGGUCAAAGAGGGAACUAUGAAAUUUCUUGUCCGCUGCCUAAGGACAACCCGGGAGCCUCCAAGCAAGCAAGAGGUCGCCAGCAUCGUAGAAGCUGCGAAGAAACUGCUCUCGGAAUCUAGCGAGGGUUUGAGGUCUGGAGGAGCCGAGGUUCUAGGUACGGUCAUGAAGAUAAUUGGCGAGCGUGCCAUGAACCCUCAUCUCGAAGGCCUAGACGAUAUUCGAAAGAAUAAAAUCAAGGAGUACUUCGACAAAGCCGAGGUCAAAGCUAAAGAUAAGCCGAAGCCGAAGCCAGCUCCGGCUGCACGAGGCCCACCUGGCGGUCCGAAGAAGAUCGUUGGCGGUGGUAAGAAAGCUCCUGGCGCCACAAAGAAGGCCGCGCCAGCUGCUUCCGCACCCACUCAGCCCGCAUCAGAGCCUACGCCCACACCACAACAAGCAUCCCGACCCGCCGCAGGCAGCAAACUUGGCAUGCCUAAAACCUCUGGCCUUACCGGGCUCAAGGCGCCGCAGAGACGCAUUGGUCCCCCAGGUAUCGCAUCCCCCCGACGAGCACCAGCUGCUGCAACCCCGCCGCCACCUCCCGUGGAGGAUGAGGAACCUCUGGCAUCAUCACCUCCGCCAAAACCGCGAGUUGGGCUCGGCCGAGGUGGUCUUGCUGGGCGCUCCUUAACAAAACCUGCCGCAGCAUCUGCCGCAGUAACUUCGGCGCCCUCGCCCCCUCCGUCUAGCGGCCUUGCGGCCAUGGAGCGUGCAGAGCUCGAAGAGCUGCGCGCGGCGAACGAUCGGCUCACUAAACAGGUAGACGAGAUGCGGCACGAGCGAAAUAAACUCGUUUCGGAAGUCCAAGAACUUAAAAACCAGAAUGCUGGGCUUAUUGAGGACCACACGCGAGAUGUGCUUAGCAUCAAGGCUAAAGAGACUCAACUCGUCAGAGCAAGAAGCGACGCGGAAGCGACCGAGCAAACCAACGAGAGACUCCGCCGGGAACUAGAACGCCUCAAGCGCGCCCUUAGCCGGGCCGAGGGCUUGGGUAUAUCUGGGGGUGUCGUCAGUCCAGGGAUGACAAGCCCUACCCCAGACGACAUGGGCAUCUACCGCGAUGGUGCAAAUUACUCGGGUUCGAAAAACAAUAGGAUGAGCUUCGCGAGCACUCUAUCGGAGGAGAAGGAGAAUGGCGACGCGCCUCACAACUACCCGAGGAGCAAGCUAAGUCCAGAGUUGCGAUACAAUAGCGGAUCGAGUGGAAGAGGCAGCCCUGCUCGUGGCUUUAGGAGCGCGCCAGUAGAAGAAGGAGUCGGACACGGCACCGGUCCCGGCACGAGUUCGGCCCCAGGCGGAGCCAGCAGUAAUGGUGUGGAAAGUUGGAAGAGGGCAGCAGAGGUCACGAGCCAGCUCAAGGCCAGGAUAGAGCAAAUGAAGGCCAAACAAGGAUUUAACCGACCGUGAAGUCGGAUGCAUCCAAGAGUCUAGUCGCCACGAAAUGGUGUUGGUUAAGGGACCAAAGUUGAAAGAGAGAGAAAAAAAUAAGAGGGAGAGGGCGGUGGCGGGAAUCAGGGUCACAUCUACUUGAUCAAGUGCAUUUUCGUGGCGUCGGUUACAUACCCCAGCUUGUUUCGUCCACUGCUAAGGAAUUCGGAAAUGUCAUGAUAAUUGCCUACCUACCUAACAGUGGGUAUGUAUGUUUAGACUUAAUUGCCCUGAGCUUCAGACUAUGGUGUCUCGUGCAAACUACUCAUGCGAUCGAACGAUCGAUAGUCGAGGGUGAUAA